AUGUCAAAUGGAUUUGCAUGUUUCCCUAAUUCAGUUGUAAACGCUAUAAUUGCUUGGAAUGUAUAUUUUGUAAUAUUUUCACCAACCGAUCUUAAAGAAGAUGAUGAUAUCGAUAUUGGACACUAUGGAAUUAUCAUUGAUCCAUUUGGAGAGACUACUGAUAGUAAUCAUCCAAUUGGUCUAUUGGUUCACUUGAUCAUACCAGAUAUGAAUUUCAACAAAAUUGUCGAUGUUCAAUGUAUCAGAUACUCACCAAAGAUUGAAGACUCUAGAAUCAUCAAAUCAACAAACAUUGGGAAAUUUAAAUUGCCAUCGAAAUUCAAUAUUGCUUCAAGCUCUGCAGUAUCAAUCUCCUUUUGGGCUCAUUCAAGAUUUCAUUCCUUUGUUUUAAACCAUGGUCUUGAAUGGAAUGAAAUAACAAAUUGUCACAGUUUCACAAAGUAUUUACUUGAAGGAAUGAAGUUUGAUGUUUCACAAUAUUCCUUUGGAAAAGAUGACUAUCUGCCUUGGGAAAUUGAUAUGGAAAAGUUUUAUAAAAAUGUAAAAGUUUGA